AUGCUAUCAGAUUCGGAUGGAUCGUCGACCUCUGAUAAUCAUGAGUAUACCUUAGACGACUACUACAAAUUAGUUAAACCCUUAUGGUCGCACAAGAACGUUAAAUUUAACCCAAAAAUCAACCACCACAAAGCGUUCCGCACGUUAGUCGACUUUAGUUUAACACGAACCAUGUUGAUGUCAGACUCACAAAAGAGAAGUAUUGGUUUAGGUGACUUGUCAGCUAUCAAGAUUAAAAACAUUGAUAGUAUAGUGGUUCAAAUCAACGAUAAUAGCUCAGACAUUCGCUCAUCCAUUGCCAACAUUAUUCAUACCGACAAAGAGGGUAGUAAAGGUACAAGUCCGAGGUCGUCAGUUAUACAGACUACGCAGUACAGAUCAUGUUUGAGAUCAAAGUAUAUUGAGUUUUGUCCCCAUACUGCUAUCAGUACCUAUUUAUUUAGUCGAUUUCAUAUACCUGACCACAACGGCCUAAUCGAGUUUCUGUUGGAGGAUACUUUGAGUGCAGAUACAAUAAGCAUGGCCAAGCUUCUCAAGGGAAGCCAUAAAGGCGCUCCAAUGUCAUCAUCACAUCAAAUAAAGACGAGAUUAAAAGCCUUGGAAAUUGCUGGCUUCAACCAUGAGGAGACAAACUUGAGAAAAUUGUUAUUGGCUCACACUUUUGAGCUACCGAACGAAUUGUCAGCCAAAUCUAUUGAUGAUCUACCGUUUCAUGCAAUGGUCCAGCUAGCGGGGUUUGAAGAUGUGAGUGACUAUUCCAUUUUGCGAAAUUCAAUCAACCCACCACAAGCUCUCUUGAGCAAAAUAUUUCCUUUUAUUGACACACCAUUAGGGGGGGAAUGUGAAAAAGCAGAGCCACAAAGUGAUGAUAUGGUUGAUGAUGAGGUAGUCGUUUCGGAUACAUGCGCAGGUGAUGACAGCAAGUUUAUUCAAAUUCGAGAGUUGCUUAGUAUGCUACGAAGAAAUUUAUGCCAAGACAUGCUUGUCAUAAAAAAACGAUACCCCCAUAACCCCCUUCUGACAAGCGAGAUUUUCAACUCUACUGAAUUUGAGGAAUUUGUCAAGGAGGUUGAAAAGGAUGGAGAUUAUGAUCGCUUGAUGAGAGAAUCUUGUUUCAAUCCUCAAGAUGAUGAAACUGAGAGUGAUUCAGACGACCUUUGGCCGUCGCUGAUUGAUUUUGACUCAAAAGAUGAUUUACAACGAUUAGUGGAAUUUCAAAACAAUAAACUUAAAAAUUUGGAGAUGGAUGUUGCAAAGAAUUUACAACGACAAGCUGAAACAUCAAACUACUUGUAUGACUUCAUUGCCAAGCAAACAGAGGUAAUGAAUAAGCAAAGCGAUUUUUUGCGUAAUAUUCAAAACUCCAUCAAUGGGUUGAUUAUUUUAAGUUCUUCCAAAAAUAAAAGUUCAGAGUAUUUGGCACAACAAAGUUUGCAAGAUACAGCUAGAUACAUAAACAGUGGGGAGAAUGAACAUAUACGUGCUGGAAUUGAUAAUACUUUAGAGUUGUUAUCACGUAUGAGAGGACAACAGCAACAAUAUCAACAAGGUGAAGGAAGUGGUGGUGGAGCAAACACCCAACAACGGCAACAACAACAACAACAACAACAACAACAACAACAGACACAAUUUUCGCAACCAUACAGAUACGCUUACGCGACACAAAUCCCAUCUGCGUAUCAAGCUUCACAUCUCCACCAGCCUACACCAGCAACAGUUGCACCACCAACUUCGACGUCGCAUCGACCAUCUGAUGCUUCUGCCUCAACCAGAUCUUCAAUGAUUUCAACCAAUAGUCCACACUUUCAGUCGUCGUUACCACAUUUUGCAACACAAACGCAUCAACAGCAACAACAGCAACAACAGCAACAACAGCAACAGCAUCCACCACCACAUCAGCCACCCCCUCAAUUUCAAAUACCCUCGCUGUCAUUAUCACAAACCCCAAUUAGUUAUACUCCUGGAUUACCACAACCAUUACCAUCUCACCAACCUCACCAAGUAUUGUCUCAGCAAAAUGAACCAUUUCGAAGCUCGUCCACACCUUCAGUUGCAAUUGCACAACCCACGCAACCGGAGCAGCUCAGAACUGCAAGAGAGUUGACUUUAGCAAGACGAUUGUCGCGUCAAGCAUCCACGUUGUAUGAGAUGUGGGACGAUUUCAAAGGAUUAGAAGAGGAAUUGAAACAACAGAAUAUAUCAGUUACCGAGUGGUUAAAAGUUCAUGGUUCAUCUGAGCGUCAGUUUCGUCAUACUAGAUUGAAAAUUAUUAAGUUUGUUGAAGACGAAGCCAUGAGACGAAAUACUCCUGUUGAGAUUGUUAAGGAGAUGUUACAUAAUAAGAUGAGGAAUAGAGUACGUCCUUGGACGUUAGAUGAAGUUCAAAGGAUGUUGACUUCAGGUAGAAGAAUCGACUUGGAUGAUCCUAGAUUGUGA